AUGCAACCAGAGCCCUCUGCCGUAUCUCAACGUGCGAUCCCCGUUGACUCACCCCAAGUCGAUCCCAGUUCCACCCAGCAUGGACAUGACCUCGAUGACGCUCAAGUCUCUGACCUUCUCCAGCGAGAGAAGGUCCGAGACUCUGCAGACGUCCCGGGCAUGUCGAUUCAUGGUGAACAGCACGCGUUCGUGAAUGUCGACGGUCGCCCUGCCCCGCCCCCAGUCGAUCGAGUGAGUCAGUAUGAGAAUGCUGGAACUCCCGGGACUCCCCCUUUGCAGCAAGAACCACUUGCAUUCCGGGUAGUGGCUUCUACUGGCCAGUCGCAAGGAUCUCUUGAGACGUUCCCCAAUGAGGUCCUCACUCACAUCCUAUCGCACCUUCCUCCGCAGUCCUUGUCGGCCAUCACAUUGGUGUCUCGUCGAUUCCAUGCGCUGGUCACAACACCGCAUGCUUGGAGGGUCGCCUUUUCGCGGUUCUUCCCCGGACCGCAGGCUGUGGAUGAUGAUCGCCAUGCCACACUCAACGAUGCAGACUUGCUGUCGGAUAGGCGGUACUUCACAAGGCUUACUGCGCUGGCAUCUUGGCGCAGCGAAUACAUUCUGCGCACCCGCUUAAUGCGAUCUUUGUCUCGAGGCAAACCGGCGCAAUUCGAGCCGCCCAAGAGGAAUGGAAAUGUACGCACGGCGAGCGCUCGUCAUGGUAGCGCGAUCGCGACAUACACCUCGAAUCUGCUUUUCCCGGUCAGCCACAUCCAUGGAUCUUUCAGUCCAGACAAGGACCCCCACUUUAUUCAUGCCGCUGCCGAGCAAGGCAUAGCAUCUGCAAGCGAUCCGUCGACUGUUAAAGUCGGCACCUGGGGCGUUUCCGAUCACCAGAUGUUUCGUCACUUCGCGGACCUAUUCCCUGGAGAAGCACAGUUUGGCCUCGGAGCUGGCGACGUGGUUGGUCUGCCCAAUGUGAUGGAUGUCAGCCAGCCCUAUGGCAUGGUAUAUGGCGAGGCUUGUCCCCAAGGACGCAGCUACUUCAUCUCAACUACAGAGCAGCGUGGUCGGUUUUUAGGACCUUCGGAACUAGGUUCUCACCCCAAACUCGGAAUACCGGCAGUGAACAUGAUUACCCAUGCUGUUUGUUCAGUCUGGAUCGCGAAAUCUUCUGGCAUUCUCAAGAUGACAGAGGGGCUCAUCGGAUUGAUGUCUGGUUCAUCCUCCGGAGUACUCACGGCGUAUUCUUUGGGUCCCAAUCCGACUUAUGAAAAGCGAUAUGAACGAGGUCAGGCGACUGCAAAAUGGGUCCUAAGUCCCGGUGUCCCUAUUAUUGGAAUCGCCGUGGAUGAACAAUAUUCGAUCAAGCGCCAUUCAGAAAGACGCAUCUGGGCUGUUGCUCUGAAUGCUUUGGGUGAAAUCUUUUAUCUUACUGAUCUCCCUCGGCAGCCGGAUACCCCAUUCACCGCCAAACUUGAUGCUGAGCAACUUGACGAGCUAGCCUGGAAGACUGGCCGGAGUGUGCACUGGGAAUUGGUCGAAGCAAGCAAACGGGUGGCACGCCCAGACCCCUUCAAUCGGGAAUUGGUCGAUGGCAGCUACAGUCCGCGCUCAUCUUCCGAUUCAAUGGCCCUUAACGAACACCAAAUUGCGGCUGAAACCAAGGAGAUUGAAAUGUUUCUUUCGUUCAAACCCAAGCACUUCCGCAAGGUCUGUGAGAGCUGGAAUAUGCAACGUGACCUUGAGGUGGACUUUGCUGGUGGCGAUGGUCGUGGGGCUGGCGAGUCGGUUAUUGUCAUUGCUCGCACCUCAGGCGAGGAAGAAAAGGCGUCGAUCAAGCGUUUCAUGCGCUCUCCUUCAAAAUACCACUCGACCUCGUUCACACCAGAGUCCCGGACCCUCGCUGCGCCGCCGCCACCGUCGCUGUUUGGCGGUCCAACAGCCCUCUCAACUCCGACGGUCAGCAGUACUUCUUCUCGGUCUUCUAGUCGACUAACCCAAUCGAUUUCUACGACCUAUGAAUGGCGCAUCUCUGAAUUUGUCUUCGGCGAUUGCAAGUCUGUGGAAGUUAGCACCACCGCAUUGGAUACUUCGGACUUCGCGACUAUCACGGCGGAAGAGGAUCCUCUGCUUACGAUGUCUGGAAGCUCUCACUCGUCCGCGACUGCUUCGCCAAUGCUGCCUCACAUGGACCAGCCGCGCUCCAGUCUUGAUGUUCCGGGGCAACGUGCUCGAUAUCUCGCAAUUGGAACUCAGAGCGGAAUGGUUUUUGUCUGGAAUAUUCGUGCACCCGCGUCGCCUUCCACUGAGAUCAUUAAUUCCAUUUCUCCUCUGCGCAUUAUCCAAACGGAAUCGCCCCAAGUGUCCUGUCUAGCCGUCACGUCGCUGUACCUGGUACACGGAGGCAAUGACGGCCUUGUGCAGGCCUGGGAUCCUCUAGCGUCUUCCACCAGGCCAAUUCGAACAAUUAAUUCCCGCUUCUCAUCUCGCGCCCGUCGUCGUCUUGUGCAAGCUGAGGCAUCUGUCCUAGGCGUUGGUAACAACUUCUACGCUACGGGUGCCAUUUGCCUUGAUACAGAUCCUACUGUAUUGCGUGGCAUGGUCUCACUGGGCACACACUUGCGAUACUGGUCAUACAGUUCUUCUGCGGCUGAUCAGUACAAGACCAGCAAACGUCGCCUGCGUCGCCUGUUACGCAGCAACAAUGGUGCUCCCGAAGGUCAACGUUUCAACAACAGUGGCCGGGGUGCAAUCCAGGACUACAUCGACGAUGAACGUGUGGAAAUGGAACGACAAAAGAUCGCGGAUGAGAAAGAGCGAGCCCAUCUGAGUCAGCGGUUUGGCGUGGAUCUGCUGGGGCCGGAUGUUGAUGAGGAGCAGCUUUUGCUGUAUGCCCAGCUUCUCAGUCAAGAGGCUUACUCGGGUGACACUCCCAAGAGUGAUGAAAAUGCAGCAGUGUCGAGCUCGGUCACCAGCAGUUCUUUCCCAGAUACUGUUGGACCGAGUUCCCUUUGCCCUGGCGAGAUCUCGUCCUCUUCAUCCCCUUAUCAAGAUCCUGUGGAUGACGAUGAUGACGAUGAGCUGGCUGAGGCCAUUCGUCGCAGUUUGCUCGAAGAACAGGAUGCUCCUGCGCCCUUUGAUCUGACGUCUUCUAUUCCCAUCAAGUAUGCGAAAGGAAUGCAACCACGUCAUCUAUCUCCUGAGCCCCAGGAGGCCGAGGGCAGUAGACAGCAAGAGAUAGACGAUCUCGAAUUUGCCAUUCAACUCAGCUUGGCCGAGGGCAAGAGUCGAGAGGAGGAACAGGAGUGGGAAGAGUUCCCAUCCCUCGCAGCGCCUGUGUCGACCUCGCCAUCAGGCAAAGGCAAGGGCAAAGCCAGAGCCGUCUGGGAUUGA